AUGCCUUUGCAAAACGGAAUAUUCCAGAUUCCGAUGAUGAAGAUGGCCAAGGCCCUUCGGCUGGUGAAGUGUGCGGUGUAUGUGGUGCCGAGAAGACUUUUUAAGGCAGCAAUGCAUUAUGGUGCUAUCGCCUGUGUCGGAUGUAAGGGCUUUUUUCGGCGGGCACUAAUGAAAGCCGAUCAGCUGGAAUGUCAAGCGAACGGCAACUGUCCGAUACGAGUUGGUACGGUAAUUAUAUCAGGUUCUAUAGCUUAUCAUUCUUGGUGA